AUGUCUGAAUUCGACGGACGACGCGACACCGCUGAACCCGCCAUGAUAUUAGAUGUUGAUCAAGCCGCUGGCAGCGCCGACGUCGGGGAGCCAGUUGUUUUACCCGCCUCGCCCACUGAGCAGCCUCCAGUCGACGGAAUGCCCUAUUUGUCUCCCAGUCCUGAGCGCGCGCUGUUCACCAGGCCUCUGCCUGCUCAUGAACCCACGCUUGAUCCUCGCAAGAGCCCACCAACGAUACCGCCGGUUCACGAUCAUCGGACGCUCGUGUUAUGCUUUGAUGGCACUGGCGAUCAGUUCGACGCGGAUAACUCAAACAUCGUCCAGCUGUUCUCCUUGUUGAAGAAGGAUGACAAGACUAAGCAGAUGGUUUACUACCAAUCGGGUAUUGGGACGUACGUCUCGCCGAAGGUAGCCACGCCUGUGAUGUCUAAAGUAUCCCAGACCCUCGACGCGAUGAUAGCGUGGAACUUGGAUGCACAUGUGAUGGAUGGCUAUGAGUUCUUGAUGCAGAACUAUAUGGAUGGGGACCGCAUUUGUAUUUUUGGUUUCUCCAGGGGAGCAUACACCGCUCGUGCCCUGGCAGGUAUGCUACACAAAGUGGGGCUCCUCCCCGCGAGCAACCACCAGCAAGUUCCCUUCGCGUAUAAAAUGUUCACGCGGGCGGAUCCACUGGGUUGGGAGCAGUCAAAUGCUUUCAAGGAAGCCUUCUCUAUCGAUGUCACCAUCGAAUUCAUCGGUGUUUGGGAUACUGUCAGUUCUGUGGGUUUGAUCCCGAGGCGUUUACCGUUCACUACAUCAAACACUGUUGUUCGUACCUUCCGACACGCCGUUGCCUUGGAUGAACGACGAGCGAAGUUCAAAGCGAAUUUGUGGAACAAACCACUGCCCCACGAAGAGAACCUUGGGACCAGCAAAACUCCAAAGGUCGAUAGAUCGAAAGUGCAGCACAAAAAGACCACUGGUGAUUCAGAUCAAAGCGAAAAGCAUUCUUCGUUCAUCAGAAUCAGCGAAGAAGAGCACGAGCUUACCCAGCUGGAAAGGCAAUACUCUGAGCUCCAAGGUAAACCGACGGAUAUCGAGGAAGUCUGGUUUGCUGGUUGCCAUUGCGAUGUCGGCGGCGGUUCCGUUUCGAACAAAACCAAACAUUCUCUGGCCCGUAUAUCACUUCGCUGGAUGAUCCGGGAAUGCUUCAAGACGAAUACUGGAAUCAUGUUUGAUGCCGAGCGACUCAAAAACGUUGGCCUUGACCCACAAACACUUCACCCCUUUGUCACCCCUCGCCCACCUUCUCGUUCCCCCGGCUCUUCGAAGAUCAUGAAGCGACCAAAGGAGGAAAAGCGAUGGCGCUUUCCGUGGUCAAAGAAGCCGCCAGCUGCUCCUUCUACCGCUCCUUCUGAGAAGGAAGGACUUCUGUCGCGACCUCCCUCCCCUUUCCCUCCCGUAGCUUCCGUUUCUGAAGAAGAGGAGGAACUACUCGAUGCGCUGUCACCGAAGUACGACCAGCUUAAGUUAAAGCCCUUCUGGUGGAUACUGGAAUUCAUCCCAAUGGAAUACCGGUUCCAGGUUGGAAAGGACAACCGCUGGGUCUCUUACUUUGGCCCAAACAAAGCACGAUCGAGAAUCAUCCCGAGGCAGCGGUCGUGUGGGUUCAAAGUACACCGCAGCGUCAAGAUCAGGAUGGAAGCCGAGCACGAGCAUCACAACCCGAAGAAACAAAAGAAAUACACGCCCAAGGCCAAGUUCCAUACGGAUCCCAUCUGGGUGGAUUGA